GGGGAAAGAAAAGAGCGCAACUUGUGGGCCUCUUCCUUUUUGACUUGCUCGUCGUUCGGUGUAGUCGCCGCUUCGUUAAGUUGUAAAUUAGUGUUCCUAUUUUUUAGGUAUUUUAUUGCAUUUAUUUCAUUCCAAACGGUUGGACCAAAAUGGGUAAAGAAAAGACUCAUAUCAAUAUUGUCGUUAUCGGCCACGUAGAUUCUGGUAAAUCUACCACCACUGGCCACUUGAUCUACAAAUGCGGUGGCAUCGAUAAGCGUACUAUUGAGAAAUUUGAGAAAGAAGCCCAGGAAAUGGGCAAGGGUUCGUUCAAAUAUGCCUGGGUUUUGGACAAAUUGAAAGCCGAGCGUGAACGUGGUAUUACCAUCGAUAUCGCUUUGUGGAAAUUCGAAACUUCCAAAUAUUACGUUACUAUCAUUGACGCUCCCGGUCACAGAGAUUUCAUCAAAAACAUGAUCACUGGAACAUCGCAAGCUGAUUGUGCCGUUUUGAUUGUGGCUGCUGGUACUGGUGAAUUCGAAGCCGGUAUCUCCAAGAACGGACAAACCCGUGAACACGCCCUUUUGGCUUUUACUUUGGGAGUAAAACAAUUGAUUGUUGGUGUGAACAAAAUGGAUUCCACUGAACCACCAUACAGCGAAGCUAGAUAUGAAGAAAUCAAAAAGGAAGUAUCUUCCUACAUCAAGAAGAUCGGUUAUAACCCAGCCGCUGUUGCCUUCGUACCCAUCUCUGGAUGGCAUGGGGACAACAUGUUGGAACCCUCAACCAAAAUGCCGUGGUUCAAGGGAUGGAACAUUGAACGUAAAGAGGGCAAAGCUGAAGGAAAAUGCUUGAUUGAAGCUCUUGAUGCCAUCCUCCCACCAACGCGUCCCACUGACAAACCACUUCGUCUUCCACUCCAGGACGUGUACAAGAUCGGCGGUAUUGGAACAGUACCUGUCGGCCGAGUCGAAACCGGUGUUUUGAAACCCGGCAUGGUGGUAGUCUUCGCUCCUGCUAACAUCACUACUGAAGUAAAAUCUGUUGAAAUGCACCACGAAGCUCUCCCGGAAGCCGUCCCUGGUGACAACGUUGGUUUCAACGUGAAGAACGUCUCCGUCAAAGAAUUGCGUCGUGGCUACGUUGCCGGUGACUCUAAGAGCAACCCCCCGAAGGGCGCAGCUGAUUUCUUGGCUCAAGUUAUCGUCUUGAACCACCCUGGCCAAAUUUCAAACGGUUACACUCCCGUUCUUGACUGUCACACCGCUCAUAUCGCUUGCAAAUUCGCCGAAAUCAAAGAGAAAGUCGACCGUCGUUCUGGCAAGACCACUGAAGAGAAUCCCAAAGCUAUCAAGUCUGGAGACGCUGCUAUUGUCACUUUGGUACCAUCGAAACCCAUGUGCGUCGAAUCAUUCCAGGAAUUCCCGCCAUUGGGACGGUUUGCUGUACGUGAUAUGAGGCAAACUGUUGCUGUAGGUGUCAUCAAGAGCGUCAACUUCAAGGAUGCUGGUGCUGGGAAAGUCACAAAGGCUGCAGAAAAAGCUGCCAAGAAGAAAUAAGUUUAAACUCCGUUUAUUCAUUUUAUAUGUUCAGUUUUCAAUAAAUUUGGAGUUUUAAAGAUA